AUGCCCGUCGAAACUCCAGAACCGCAACCGCUCCUCGCGAACCUCGGUCUCGUCGCGAGCGUAUGGAAUUUCUUCGUCUUCGUCAUCCAUCCGGCGCUCGCCGUGGUUGUCCUUGAACUCUCGCUGCUCGUCCCGAUACCGGAGUCGCUGCUGGCAUUCGAAGUGCGCCUCUACUUCGCCAUCGGGUAUCUCGUCUUCUCAAUGUUCGCCGCCUGGACAACGAGCGAAAAAAUCAAGGUGCGCCUCACCAAGGAUCGGUAUAUCCAGCGAUACACGCGGAACCGUAUGAUCGAUUAUGGCUUCAACCUCGCGAUCGUGGCGGCGAUGUAUCACAAUAUGCAGAAUUCGAAAGGCUCCCUAGGAAACCAGUCAAUACAUGCGACCUUCAUAUUCUGCGGACUUUGGUGGAUUUUAUUCGUCUUGUCGAUCUCUAUUGGUCCUGUAAUAUAUUUCACGGCUCGCGCAAGUUCGGCGGAGGAGCUGAAUGCUACAAUAGCAAGAAGACAGAUUGAUUGGUGA